CGGGUAUGAAAAAUAUUAAAUUCGGACCAUAAAUAUAAGUAUUAGUACUGGUGCGGGAUUGCGGGUGUCGGCAAUCACGAUUCAAGCAUCUUUCAACGUCGAUAUGUCAGCCAGUGAGCUAGAGCCGCGCAGGUGACAAAGCGCGCCCUGGUUUGUUAGCUAGUGGUUACUUAAGGGUAUGUCCCUCGGACGAAAGAGCCAGUGGUCAGAAAGCCAUUGAGCCCAAGUGAGCGACCGACGGAGGUGUAGCUUCGCUCCGGGGGUAUCCGUUCGACUCCACGGCGCCUCGGUCCUUUUCUGGUCGGUUGAUCAUUUAUAGAAGGCACGUCUCAGCUAUUUACAUGUCAGUUACAACCAGAAAAAGGGCAUUGAUGUCAACCUACCUAAUAGUAGGUAGGUUUGCGCGUUUUUGGUUGCCGUUUUUAAAAAAAGUGUUGGAUUUUGGGAUCCCCGAAUGCCUGAUGGUUCUCUAAAUUCUCAGUUUACAGAUCUAGGCCGGGAGGGGGGGAGGGGGCUAUGUCAACACCCAGGAUAAUUUUCUUUUGUUUCAAGAAAGUGGAUGAGGAGCUUUGUGUUUUGUAUCGAGUGAGAGUGUGUGAUGCACCGUACUCGCGGCUUGCUAGGCAGCUGUCCCAAGAUGUCAAAGGCUGAUAGUGUGGUAUCCAUAGUUGGGUAUUUGGUAAACCGAGAUAGCUUGCUUGUGAGCCUUGAUAGUAUGCAAGACUCCUCUUUGAAUGGGCCGAUCUGACCGCUCCUAUUAUCUGGUAUUUUUAGUAAUUGGGGAAUUCUGGUUUCUUACCCCUUACUAGAAAGAAGGGAUUCUAGACUGUGAUAUCGUAGGUCUGGUGAAAUUUGCGAUGAACUGUGCUUGCUUACGGCACUUCUAGUAUACUUAUGGGCCUGCGGCCUCAGAGUUUGCGCUACCGCUGGGUAUAUAUCGAGAACACAUGGAAUCAGCUCAGUCAUAAAUUCCCGGGCGCUCGCCUGCAGGAAAGAGGGUAAUAUGUAUGCUCAAGAGAGCGGUCCGAGAUCCGUAACCCACGGGGUGACCAUUUUCCUUCCGGGUUUGCACCCAAACAAUAUCGUUGCACGAAUUUGUUGCUUGGAUGACCGGAAAUGUUACCCAAGGCAAGACUUGGAAACUGUAACCUGAUGGAAGAUGCAAAUACCCUACAAAAUUGCCAAUCGAUGAUUCGCCUCAAUUUUUUGGCCCUCUUUGCGUUGGAAAUGCAACGGGGGGGUCCACUUAGUGGGGCACUUACCCGUAAGAUCCGGCAGUUCUGAACGCUUGCUCCCCUUCUCUCUGCUGCGUGAUGAAGUUGACCUGCGCAAUUGAUCGGGAAUCUCCGGUUGAUUGCGGCGGCCGUCGUGGCUUGGCUUGCACCCCGGUGUUUAAGUAGGGUGUUGAGUGUGGGUUACUGUAGAGAUACCCCAAAGACAGGGGAGAGAAAGCAUCAUUCCCUAGGCCCAGGGACCGGGGAUGCGGUAUGUGGGCUAUUGGGAGGGAAAUGAUUUCAUGAACAAGUGGCAUCACCCCCUAGUAAGGAUUGCACUGUAUCUCUGUCCAGGGUUGACCACCGUUAUCGAAGUCCAGGUGUGAGUGUGGAGUUGUCUCGGGGGAUCGGUUGGGACCGAUUCGGGGGAUCGAGCGGGGAAGUAGACAGGGUGGAUCGGUGGUUGGGGAGGAAAGAAAAUAUUUUGGAAUGGACGUGGUUGCACGUGGCCAUCAGGAGACGAAAGCGGGCAGCCAAGUGGGGUGAAUUGUUGCACAAUCGAUAUCGUAUAAUACCGGUGCCAGCAGUUGUGUAUCCCGCCCGCUUUCCAAGGUGAAACUCAGGCUCGAUGGAGUUGUUGCUGGAAAUCAUCCCAAUCGAUGCGGUGCCGUAGCGUGGAGGCCUAAAUUCAGAUAAAUACCCGGAAGAGUGGUUCUCCUCCUUUUGAAGGUAUAGUGGUAUGGGAGAAUGGGGGCAGGUUAUAUAGGGAUGGUCUUGGGAGAGAUGUUUGCGAAUAAAACUUGGGGAAAUCUUAGAAUCCGUGUGGGCUAUUGGUAGCCUGACAUUGGUUGGAAGUUAGAUGUGACAGCGGGACAAGCGAUAGAAGAAGGCUUCGCCCCACGAAGAAAUUCUUGAGGAAAAGGUGAAAGGAAAAGCAAUUCCCAACACAUCAGUGCGGGAGCACAUCGCAUCUGCGGCUUGGCGUGUGGCGUGAAACUUGCUCACUCUCACCGCGCAUGGUUGAGAAAUGAGCAUCGAUCACCAUGUCUCGUUCUCGAAUUGACUGGUCCGAAAGGGAGGCUCCAAGUGUCCCGUUGGCUUUGAACGGGAUGGAUGGAAGGCAGGUCGGGGUGGAGAACAAGCGAAAAGUUGUUGGAGGGAGAGCCACUGCCUGACCACUUUAUAACCAGCAAGGGAUAAGACCAAAGAGGGGGAUGCACGGAAGAACCACCAAAGGGGUGGAAACUGUCUCUAUCUACCGCAACCACGUUCCAUCGACUGAGCCCUUCUUUAUCGGGACUCAAUUCACGAUUUAUCGAGACGGUUCGCUUUUUUUCUUUUCUCCUGGGGUUGCGGCAUAAGCGGAGGUGUCUGUUUGGCUGUCAGGAUCUUGGUAAGAAAAAUAAUUAAAAAAAUCGAACGAGCGACAGGGUCCCCCGAGGACAGGAACGAACCAGUUAGGCAGUGAGCACAGGGACGGAUCACUGAGCGGUAAAGUACAGUACUGUGCUCGAGUACACUUCUGAGUACAGCACGGCGCACUAUCGGGAGCUACCCUAUCGCAACAAGCAAUCGCACCUUUACCAGAACAAGUGGUCACAGUAGAGGGUGCCAAUCCAGAUUGCCAUCACUCGGAUUCGCCUGUCCGAAAGGGUUCUGAACUGUCAAGAUUUUUCUGUUUUACUGCUGUUCUCAUCGGACACGGACUUGUGCUGUAAGUCGAUCAUCAUCAUCGAAACCCCCGGAAGCGUAUGCCUGAAUCUACAGUACUCGUACAAUAUACCAUCUUGGGAGGCUCUGAACGCUACCGAGAUAUUUUUGAAAAGUGGCCGAAUUGGUUAGGGUAUCCCCACGGAGGAUAGUUGAGGACAGCACAGCACAGCCAAUAGAUAAUUUUAAGCCUCCACCACCACCAUCACCACUCAGGUUUCCUACCAGUAUCAUACCUGUCUAUCAAUUCUUUCACCUCGCAAGCCUGUUACCCCUCUACCCCUCGCAUAGAUCCGAGUUAGCAGGUUAGGUACUUGCGCAGUCAGAACAUUCCAACCCUCUUACUUCUAUCUACGGUACUCGAGUACCGGUACCUCAUCUUGUUAUCUUGCUCUUUGUUUGCCCUGCCUUACUUUUUCGACAAAAGGUCGUUGCUGUCCUCUCGGAUUUCGUGGGAAAGAAAGCACUUCCACGACGGCUUCUUGGAUUCAUUCCUAUCGGCCGUUAUCUGGCCGUAAUAGUUGGAGUUAAGUGAGCAUUUUCGCUCGUAAACUUGCAAAAUGCCCAUCUUAAAUGGUGUAAAAUUUUCAUGGUAUGUGGACCCCCCCCCGCAUCUUCUGCACCUCUCCUUUGUUUCUUUGCUUUUUCCUUUUGUUCGCGGCCGAAUGUCCGGCGGGGAAAGUUAUGUCUAACUUAACUGUUGGGCGUGGUAGCGAACCUUGUAUGAGAGGCCACCGUUCCUCGAAAUGUAAUCACACCGAUCGGAUCCUCGUAAAGGUCCGUAAACCGGGGAGGCCGUUGAGCAGUUGCCCUCACACGCUUUCUUCGUCAUCUCCUGGGACCUUUGUUCAUUCGUCACCCGGCGCCAUUUCGAACGGAGGGGAUACUACAGCUAAGACGAACACCUAUGGGGAAGCAAAUGGGGGAAAUGGCUGCAGUUGCGAGGUCACAUCGGUGGCAAUUCCUAAAUGUACUCAACACCUUGUGUUUCUUUUAGGGCGAGUGCGCGUCGGGUUCUGACACCUGAGACCUCUCUAGUUACCUCGUGUGCGUGUGGAGUCCCCGGCUCUACCUCCAAGUCACAUGAAUUGUGCAAAGCAUCAAAAUCAUCCGCGUGCACUGAAGCAGAUUCAUUACCUUCACCAGUGUCAUCCCAAGGCAGCUCAAUGUUCUCUAUGAACAAGGUUGCGGGGUCGCGCCACCGGGUCCAGAGGAAAAGCGUAUCUGGGGUUGAUGGAAGCACGACAAGGAGAGCCAGUUUGAUUGGGGAUGAUGCCGCGAUGGAGUUUUUGUGGAGGGCACAACAGGAGGUGGGGAGCCCGGACGUUAAGGUGGAGGAAGGAUCGGGAUAUGGUAUGAUUGAGACGGAUUUGAUGGGUGUCAAAACUCGUGGUGAUGGGCGGUCGAGAUAUACAAAUGGGGUUUCUCGCGCUGGUGGGCCUGCGAACGGGUUUUCUUUGACAAAUACUGAGGAUUCCUUCCAGGGCCGAGAAUUCCCAGUUGCUGUUGGCGCUACAUUUUCACCCUCAAAUGGGGUCCCUACGCCAAAGCCUGACAUGGGUAAUGGCACGGCGCCCAUGGAUGACUGGGGUUCGACUCUUGAUACUCCGUUCUUUGGGGAGACACCUUCAACAGAUCCCCCACACAUGGCCAAGCCUGGAAGUGGAUGCUGCAGCAGUAGCCGCUCAACAUCACAAACUCCACAAACCAACUUCGAUCGACGCUCAUCUACUGUACCAAAGCCCGCGGCCCCUUACUGCAAUGGGGGAGCGGGUGGUGGUGGUUUUAUCGCCAAACCAGAAUUGUCACAGAUGCCGGUUCCUGAUUCCCAAUUUUUUGCUUCACCGCAGCACAAUCCUACUUAUGGCGCCACCAAUCCUCUAGAAGCGUCAUUGCCAAGACCCAUUGGGCCCUCGACCGUAACUCUCACUGCCCGGGAACUUGCUUGGGUGCAGUACUUAAGAGCUACAGGAUUUUCUUCGUCACCUCCUCUGUUGGGAGCUGGGUUCCUCCCGGAUUUCCAGGCGACCAGCGGAGGCGAAGAAAGUGGGCAAUCGACAAAAUGCCACUGUGGACCUGAAUGCAACUGCCUAGGAUGUAUCAGCCACCCGUAUAACCCCCGUACCGUUGAGUAUGUGAAAGGGCUUCGCACUUUUGCGCUCAAUGAUUAUGAUCAGCCAAUGAGCCCUUUCCACUCACAGUCGAAUUCACCUACCCUCCCUCAACCACAUCUCAACGGGUCAGCAAAUGGGGUGGGGGAAGCCGGAGACACCAUUGCUUCAGCUCACAGACAUACUGCGACCACUAGGGCGAAUAUCAACCUAAUUAUCCAGACCCCUCCACCCCCACCCUCACCAGACCGGGAGAGCUCUGCCGGGGCCCCCGAGAAUGGAGUCUCGCCUAGUGCCUUUGUGUUGGUGGACUAUCAGAUUGGGCCGUGCUCUGAGGCUGAGACGGCAUGCAAAUGUGGGGAUGGAUGUAUCUGUCUUGACUGCUUAUCCCAUGGCAAGAACUACGAAGCGGAAAUGGUCAGGAACGCUCAGUGGGACACCAGUGGCCUCAAUGGUGCUGGAUCGGAGGCGGCAGUGGGUCCGGACUGGUGGGAUUUCGGGAGUAACGGUCCUGUUGAAGCAAACUCAUGGAAUUCCGUUUAGAUUUUCUUCUCAGGACAGCUGUCAAUAUUUUGUUUGAUUGUUUAGGUGGGCGUCGCAUAUGGUUGUGUUUAUCUUUCGCACGGCGUUUUGGAGAUCCGAGUGGGGGAAAUUGGAUAGAUAUGCGGUGGUCGGGUAAUUUGGAUCACGUUCCCUCCUGCUAUUCUUAUUUUCCCCUGAGCGUUCACUAUCUCCCUAAGGUUUACUUCUAGGUUGCGUGGGUACCUGUGCUGUUUCUACUGACCAUCUCGUCGAUAUUCUCUGCACUAAGGCUUUACUUGUUUUUUUCUUUUCUUCUGGGGAUGGGCCAAAAGUUUUCAUUGGAUAUCUUAUUGCAUGUACUGUAGUUUGGACUAUUUCCCCCUCCAUGGGUCUAUUGGAUGAUUAUAGGUUGUACCGAGAUGGUAGCAAGUAUGGUAUAAUAAAUUAUAUUGGAACCAC